AACCUAACCUAACUUUUAACGCAGUUAGGAUGUAAAUAUUAUCCUGUAUAACAAUUUUUUUUGCAAAUAUACUAUUAAAUACCGACAAUGAAGUUAUAAAAAUAUAUUUUAUUUAUACAUCUGUUGUUCAUAGUGCAUAUUACAUUUAGUUAAAAUCAAGGUUUUAAAGGUGAUUAGUUGAAAAUAAAUUUGUAAAGAGCAAAGUCCCGUUUAUAGUUUAAUGUUUGUUCUAUACAAAAGUACAUGCAGUUGGUAAUUAACUUUCAUCAAGGAAGUCGUGAAGUAAAUCAAAUUAUACGGGUGGUGUUUCAUAAGUUGCAAUAUCGAUCGAAUUUAAUUAGUAUAGUUUUAGUGUUUAUACAUUAUUCAAAUAGGUUAAAAAGUAAUCUCAUUAUACCUUUUAUAGCUAAUAAUCCUUUUAGUUACGCAAAAGGGAAACCUCAAACUACGUUCGUAUCGUUAUCAAUUAUAGAGAGUAAUUUUUUAAUAAAACUUAUAUCCUGAUUUCAAACUAUCUUUUUAUUGACUUUAAUAAAAUAAUUUUUUGCAAAUCCAUUCGGGCUAUUACACAUUAUACUUACUUGUUGUCGUGCGGUUAAUACUGUUAAUACCUUAAACCGGACAGGUGAGAAAAAUAUUUCAUAAAAACAUCUCAUUAUUUAGCGCCCAGGUUAUGCAGUCUAUUGUUUUUUAUCAUCUGUUUGCCGCCUUUUUUUUAUUACAUUCCCGCGGCCGGAAUUCUUCAUAAUAUCAAUUAAAUAUCAACAGAUUUAUAUCGAUUCGAUAUAAAAACAAAUGAGCAUCGAAAUCAAAUGUUUAUAUUAAAUUAUAGAAUAUCGUAUUUUAAAAUUUGAUCGUGAUAUUUUUUCACAAACUCUCCGUUGAUGAAAAUUGACGUGGCAACCCUGCGAGAAUGAACAUCCAGCAAUUGUCAUUCGCUUGCUAGACGGCGAGUGCUUAAAGUGUUUUUGUUCAUCCACAUUCUUGGUAUGAUAAGCAGUACAAUUCUGAAACAGUACCUUUUGUAUAUUAAUAGAAAUACCUAUUUACAGAAAUUAAAAUGUAUACAAUGGAUGAACAAAAAGGCACUUGCCAAAGAGGCAUACUGCCCUACGUCUGUAGAACAUGUGGCAAACAUUAUAACCCACGGUAUAUGGAUAAUCCCUAGUAUUUUUGCUACUCUUGAAUUAAUAAAUAGAUCUGAAGAUGGUAACCAAAUGCUCUCUGCUCUAAUUUACGGAGCUACUCUGAUAUUUUUAUUUUCGGUUUCAACUUCUUUCCAUUGUGUAUUUUACUAUAAUAAACACAGACAAUUAAAAGAUGUCCUCCACCGUUGUGAUAGAGCGAUGAUAUAUGUGUUCAUUGCCGGUUCGUAUUUUCCAUGGCUUACACUUGAAAAACUUCCACACGAAGGAUGGGCUUCCCACAUGAGAUGGGGAGUGUGGUUUUUAGCCGUAAUCGGUAUCACCUAUCAACAAAUCUUCCACGAAAAGUACAAAAUGCUCGAGACUAUCUUUUAUCUUAUUAUGGGCGUGGGACCGUUUUUUCCCAUCAUAUGUGAGCAUACGUUUUUGGGGUUGACAGAAUUAUUCAUCGGAGGACUGAUAUAUAUGGUAGGUAUAGUAUUCUUCAAAAGCGAUGGGGUUAUACCUUUUGCUCACGCAAUAUGGCAUCUGUUAGUAGUAUUAGCUGCGUAUUUUCACUAUUUUGCUAUACUAAACUAUCUGUAUCCGUUACCUAACACAAAUUGAUGCUACUGCCAAAUAAAUAUGUUGUGUAGUGUUAUAUGUACAAGAGGGCAGAGUAUAGUUGGUUAUUGAAAAAGUUUGUUACGAUUUUCUUAUAUAUUUGUGCGAAAUAAUACUCAUAAAGGUAUAUUGAUAGAUAUAAUGCUUCGAAAAAGAUUUAUUUGCUGUAGAACUAAUAUUUUUGGAAUCUCAUGAACAAAUCAAUUAUGUUAGGUAAAUAGAAAUUUACUUUUUUCAAUUUUAAUAAUACAUUUUACAAAUAAUAUAUACAAACUUUCAAUUAUAGUUAUAUAACGAAAAACAAUUAGAAAAGCAAAAAUAUUUACGAAAUAUUCAUAUUAUUCAAUGUAAAUUCCAUUUUAAAACGUUCUUAUGUGAGGUAGAAAAUUUUUUAACCAAUUGUAAGAUCAUAUACUUCAAGCAUAGCCAUUUACAGCUAUCCUAUAUAAAAUAAUUAAUCAGAAAAAUUACAAGUUUUGUAUCAUCAGCUAAUGAUAUUGGGACACAAAAAAUUUUUUUUAAUAAUAGGAAAAUGUUAGUUCUUAUUCAUAAAGAAUCAAAAUUUUCUAAUAUGAUUAAAUAAUUAUUAAAAAAAAUCCCGAAACUAUAACACGUUUCCCCGUAAUCUAUUUUUUUCUAUGAUCACGAUAAAAUAAACGAUUUCACACGAUUUGCAUAAUUAAGAAAAAAUGUAUAUUCACAUUAAAAAAUACUUGUCGUUUCAACUCAUUUUAAUUCCAUCAACGAAAACAAAAAAAUAAACAAAAUUUCAAAAUAAUCAUAACCUCACUUUCACUUGUUGGUUGAUUUUUGUUUCGAGACUAAUUUUACCAUAUAAUGUUAUUGCACAAUAUGAUCAAUAGAAAGCAUUCGUUAAAAAUUUGUGAAAAAGCUCAAAAUAUAUGUAAUUUAUUAGGGUUUAUUGGUAAAAAGUAGCCCUACGCAGCACUUCAAUCUAUCUAAACUAAAUAUGGCCGAAAGGUCAGCCAUAUUGAUUUACCAGUAGGAAAUUGAAAACAAUUUUUGUUCGAACAACCGAUAAAACCAUAAAAUAAAUGGAACAAAAAAAGCUGAGAGGAAAUGGGUUAUACCAAUUUGGUGAUUUUUACGAAACCGCGUGUUGAUUUUAUUAUGUACAAAUCACUAUCGCUAUACUUUCUCACACACACGAAACUCACAUUCUUUUCAAAUUUUUCAUUUUUUCCACUCUAUUUCUGACGAUCUACAUAAAUUUAUAAUAUUUGUACACGGAAAGAAAAUAAGACUUAUAGAUCAACGUUGGAAAUAAUUUAAAUUGUAUAAGAAAGUUUUACACUACUCACCCACAGUACAGAAUCCAUUUAAAAAUUUUAUGUAUGUGAUAAGUUGAAUUUAAAACAUAUUAAAGAACUCAAAAUUAACGAAUUAUCGCUCACUAUUAAUUACAUUGCACUUAAUUCCAUCACAGAAUAAAAAUUUAAUUGUAAUUUACUUUUAAAUUUAGAAAAGAUUCACAACACUUUCAACUGACGGAUAUCUGCUGUCACUUCCUCAGUCGCCAUUAAUUAACAGUCACACAUAUCUAAAGGCACGUUUUCACGAAUCGAUUUUAGUUAAACGAUUUUUAUUGAUAAAGCAAAAUGAUUACUCCAAUCAGAUAGCGGGAUUUCGUACAAUACUUGUAAUGUAUAAACAGGGUGAAAUAUUUAAUACACGUAUGUUAAAAUAAGAUGCAAGCUAUAGGCAGGCAGAUGGGUUAUGAAUAUUCGUUUAGUGAUCAACAGACGCCAUAAUUGAUUAUAUAGUAUGACAUUUAGUGAAAUUACGCGCGAAAAUUAAUAUUUUAAUAAGAUGAAGAAAUAUUUUUAUAGAUUAACAACUUUUUCAACAACAAACAAACUAAACUUUGGCCCUUUAUUUUUAAAACUAUUUUAUGGAUAUCGAUAAAAUAAUUCAGAUAAAGAACAAAAACAAAACCUAUAAAAAAAGUUCUUAUAAUAAAUUAAGUAUGGCUAAAAUUGAUUUGCUGCUAAUUUAUAAACUAUCUUUUAUGAACCAAGCUUUUAUUCACAAAAGUAUCGAAAUAAUAUGAACUUCUAUAACUUUUGGAGCUUUAAAGUAUUUUUAUUUGUCUGGUCUACGAUAUAGACUAUUUUUUUUAUAAUCUCAUCUGCAUAAAAACCAAAGAAUUUAUAAAUUGUUAAGAUAGAAACUGACAAAUAUUUAAUAAUAAUUGAAUAUAGUAUAAAUUUUUAACAACAUAUAUACAGGGUUUGUUUUUUACAUUUCUUUAUAAAUUUAAUUAUAUAUUGGGUGAAUCUUGUUUCCUCAAACAUAACCAGGUGAAAAGUGCCAAAAUAAUUUUGUACUAUUUCUUAUAAACAUUUUGUUCAAAUAAUCAAUAUUCAUAUUGGGAUUAACUGCAUAUUCGUUACACUUUUUCAUAAAAAUUUUUGUUAUCCAACUAAAAAGAAACAGUAUUUACCUUAUAUAUAUAUUAUUGAAUUGUAUUUUUUCACCAUUCAUUCAUUUAUAUUCUUCAUUUUCAUAUUGAAAACUCGUUAUAGAAUAGAUAAUCUUGUGAAUAUAUUCUUCCUACAUUAUUUAAAACCCAAAAUAUUACGAAAAUUUGUAUUUUUGGUCUUUGUUCGUUUCUAAAAAGAGACUUUUUGCUAUUGGUUCACAAGUGAUUACGAAACUAUUGAAAAUUAAACGUGAGAUUUAUAGUAAAAAUAUAAGAAAACCGAAUAUCGUAAUACGUAGUAAAAUGAGCGGGAAACCGUCUUUACAAACGCGGGAUUCGUCUUUGGCCGCGUAACCUCGAAGAGAGCUCGUGACAGCGCCGUGCUUCAUGCGUGGCAGUGGGGUGGAGUGGAGCAAUAAUAAUGAUCUCUCUUAUAUAUAUUUUUUUAUGUAAAAAGCAAUCACUAGAGGGUGUUUCGAGUGGUGCCUGCCAUGUGGAUAUUACUGAACACACCAUUUACACUACAACUUCAACAACACCCACAAUUACACUGAAUUACACUGUCCGACACGCGUUUCGAUAAACAAGUUAUCGUCUUCAGAGACUGAAGGUAAAUCUUCAGUCGAUGUGAUUGUGAGUGUUGAUGUAGUGGUAGUGUAAACAGUAUGUUCUUAUGAAUAUCACCAACGGUAACAAAACUUCCAACUUAGCCUGUGGAUAGUGAUCUUAAACUUCUGUAGAUUGUAGUGGGACGUCUGCCUGUCGAGUAGGUCUUGCAAAUACUCCUCUAGGUGUGAUCAUGUUGGAGAGCUCGGGUAGCAUCGUUAGUUUCCAGUCAACUCUGUUGCUAUCCACCCCAUUUUAGAACGGUAUUGAAGGUGUAUAGAAGAAAGACAGAUGCAACCCCUAUACCAGCGUUGACCUCAAACCUUUCUGAGGUGUGUUACUGAGCUAAUCGAUGAAUGACAACAAGCCGGACAAUCUAAAUUUAUUUAGAAAUGUGACAUCCAAAUCUAAUUUUAUUUUUAUCCUUGAGAAUCUACUAAAACUAUUUUGAAGACGUAUUAAAAUGGAUUAUAACGUAUAGUAUGAUAAAGGUCUUUUAAAUGAUUGCGCUAGAUGAUGAUAAACUGCCUGCUAUGAACUAAUAUUUACUUAUUGACACCAAUUUUUCAUAAUUAUUGUGUUAUAUGCAUAUUUGGUCAUUGGAAAAACAUAUUUACUUUAUAUACCUGACUAGUUGAUAUUUUGCUCAUUUUAUAUUUAGGCGAAACUUUGUUGUAGUAAUAGUAGUAAUUUAUUAAAAAAACAUAGUUCGUAUUACUUUAGAUACAAAUUUUUUGCCUAAUUAAAAAAUUUAGUACUGUGUCAAGGAAUUAUAAGAAUUGUAGUUCUCCCAACUCAACAGUCUUCCAAGCAGCUAGACAAUGUAGUAUAUUUCUACAAUUAUUGGUUUCCGGAGCAAAAUUUUGUGUACAGCAUAAAUCAUAUUUCGGUUAGUAUAAAUCGCUUAAAAUAAAUAGGAUAUAAAAAAAACAACAAGUAGGGAAUUAUUUUCCUGUAUCUUACUGAUAAUUGUUCGAUGAAUUGACAUGAAUAUAAAAAGAUAUGAAUCUACUAAAUUACAAACAUCAAGAAAAUGUAUUUGUUAGAACUAUAAUAAUUAUUUUAUGUAUACUCAGCUUUUUGUAUUUUCAAUCAUUUUAAUUGUGAUUUUGUUUGUGAUAUACUCAUAAUAAUAUUGAAUUAAAUUUUGUUUAAAUCGAAUCCAAUUGUAAUACAAUUUUCUAUAACGCGAACAAAAUGUUGCAAUUAUAUGAAGAAUCUCCCAAUUUAGUAUUAAUAAUAAUGCUUAAUCAAUUAUUUUACUAUAUUUUUACUUUUAUACAGAAUACUGUUAUUUUUUUGUUAUUUUAUGUUUAAAUUUACAUCUAGAGAUGCGUGUGUACAUUUAAAAUUAAAAAGAAGUACUCAAAUUAUAUUUCAAAUGUUGUAUGCAUUUUUAAUUAAAAAGGCAGUCAACUAUAAA